AUGGGAGCAGCUCGGAGCUUCUCCCUUUAUUCUAAAAGCAAUAUCAGGGUCUCUGAUUCCUUUUAUUCGGAGACCUGUACUGAGGUACCCCUCACCAACAGUAGCUCGGAGCUAUGCAACAAAAGCUUCAUCCCAGAUGACUGUACAGGUAAACGAACUGAAACGUAUUGGAGUUCUAGAAAAGCUUUCUUCUUUGACUCCCGGUUUCGUCUCCCGCAUGUUUCUUGUAAAAAGAGCGAUGGUGGCUGGAGACCAAUUUUCGACCUACGAAACUUGAACAAGUUUGUAGGAACAAAACAUUUUCAUCUUAUAAGCCAUACCAAGGUACCAGAAUUCCUUCAACCUGGAGAUUGGAUGGUGAAAGUCGAUAUUUCACAGGCAUAUUUCCACUUACCUAUAGCAAUGUCACACCGACCUUUGUACAAUCAAGAAAUGCUUCAAAUGACCUCGCUCCCAUUUGGCCUAUCGUCGGCCCCUAGGCUCUUCUCUGCUGUAACUUGUUGGGUCGCGGAAACCCUACGCAAAAAAGGAAUGCGGGUCCUAGUAUACCUGGACGAUUAUCUUAUAGUGUAUCAGGACCCUUCAAGUUAG